AUGAUGCCAACCUGGCCAGCGCAGCAAGCGCCGAGCGUAACUCAGCAAACCGUCCCGACAUCUUACGCCUACCCAGCGAAUCCAGCCUUCAUUCCCGUAACCGUUCGUCAAGGAUUCAGUCAGUACGCAGCGCCAGCUGCUCCUUAUGCCGGCUACGUGCCUCCACAGCCCCCGGUGCAACAUCAAAUGUCUCCCGCUUCUCCCGUGAAUGGUGUAACCCCGACACCUGAGCAAGCCAAGUCCAAAGUGGACUGGCCCGAAUCUGUUCGGAGCUAUGUUCAAAGAUCUUUCCUUCCCCAAAAUGACGAACCCACCGUGUCUCGCGCGGAAAUCGAGGCUAAACUUAAGAGCACCAUCGGUACCGCAAAGGAAAACGGCACGUUAUACACGCUCGAUUGGGAUAACAUGCCCCUCCCACAGGCUAUAGUCAAAGCCGAACGUGAUGCGGAUACCAAGCAAAGUUUUAAUGUCCCCAUCAACUCCAAGAAGAGGAAAUCUACCGAUUUUGCCAGUAAUGACAACUCCCAGCCUCCGUGGCGUACUAACUCGCGUUCUUCACUUGAGGACCGUAUCUCCUAUCCUUCCCCUGAUAAGCGUGCUUCUAUGGACGAGCCCCUGCCGAAAUCAAGUAAGUUCCAGAAGGAAGCCAACAAGCGCAAGCGACGGUUCGAAAACGAAUACAAGUCGCUCAGAUCGCCUAGUCCGCCUCCGCCUUCAUCUGGACCUAUUAUUGGCACAUGCGAGGUACUUGAGAAGAAGUAUCUUCGUCUUACCGCUCCUCCAGUUCCGUCCAAGGUUCGACCUGAGCACAUUCUGCGUCAAACUCUAGAACUCUUGAAGAAGAAGUGGAAGCGGGAAAGCAACUAUUCGUACAUCUGUGAUCAGUUCAAGUCUAUGAGGCAAGAUCUGACUGUGCAACAUAUCAAGAACGACUUUACUGUUUCCGUUUAUGAAAUUCAUGCCCGAAUUGCCUUGGAGAAAGGGGAUAUUGGUGAGUAUAAUCAGUGCCAGACCCAACUACGGUCAUUGUAUGGCAUGGGCCUAAAAGGCAACCCCAUUGAAUUCAAGGCAUAUCGCAUUCUGUAUUUCAUCCACACGGCCAACCGAACCGGAUUGAACGACACUUUGGCAGAUCUAACCACAGCAGAGAAAGGAGAGAAGCCGAUUAAGCAUGCUUUAGAAGUGCGAUCAUCAUUGGCGUUGGGCAACUAUCAUAAGUUCUUCCAGCUUUACCUUGACACCCCUAACAUGGGUGCAUACCUGAUGGACAUGUUUGUUGUUCGAGAACGGCUUGCUGCGUUGUGCAAUAUUUGCAAAGCAUACAAGCCAGAUGUGAAACUUCGUUUCAUCACUGAGGAACUCGGCUUCGAGUCUGAUGCUGAUGCAGCCCAGUUCAUCAUCGAUCAUCAAGGUCGACAUUUGUUGGAAGACCGAACAGACUACAUCGCGUUUAUGACUGGGAAAGCCGGUCCCCUCUUUGAGGGCGCGCGCAGCACUGCGUUCCAAAAGGUUGAUAUCAAGGGCCAGAUCUAA